AUGAAAGGUAUUCCAAGAUUGAAGGAUUGUUUGGACAAUGGAUCAUUAUAUUUUGGUCCGGCUUCAUCAUUGGUCGACUUUCAAGUUGAAUGUGCGAUCGUUUUCAAAGAUCCUAGGGGACAACUUUAUUAUGGUCCGUUUGAAUUUGUUCUUGAAGUUGGCAACGAUUUUAAAUUCAAAAAUCCGACUGUUUUUCAUUUAACAAAGGAUUUGAUUGAUGAUAAUGGCUAUUUUCCUUUGAAUAUAAUUAUUUGCAAAAUAAAAAAUGAUAUCUUUGAAUCUAGUGAUAAACAAGGCCGUAAAAUAUGUCGAAUUAAAAAAUUUCCUUGUGGUACAAUGGUUGAAGUUAAUCAUCAAUUUUUAUCAUCAUUGGGAAUAAAUAUGAAUAAAAAGAAUAGAAACACAGAAAUAAUAACGCCUACUAAAUUGGCCAAGUAUCUUAAUGUAUACACUGGAUAUUUAAUUGUUCGUCGUAAACAUUGGGAUCCUGAUAAAAAUAGUUUUGUACUAGAAUCUGGAAAUUUAUUUUGUUCGAAUGGUUUUAGACCCGUUGAUUCUAAAACUCCAGUGAGUCAGUUUGAUUACAGUCCAAAUAAAUUACAAAUUACACAAGUAAUAUUAUCAACAAGUCCAUCACUUGCAAAUAUCAAUCAAUUUUAUUUACAAAUUCCACCAUCAUAUCAAUGUACACAAUUGAAAAAUAAAUGUUUAGAAGCUAAACUAUUUACUGGAAAUGAAGAAGAGUCAAACAUUCAUUCAAGCUAUAAGUUUAUUUGUGAACAACAACAAGUUGACUCAAUAUUUAUUGAUGUUGGUCAAUAUGAUAUUACAUUUUGUUUUUCUAGUUUUACGGCCAUCAUUACUAAAGUUACUAAUGAUGCACAUGGAAUCGAUUCUACAUCAAAUCGAACACAAUCGGCUUUAUUAUCUUCUCAUAAUUCAACAUUUACUUAUGAAGAAAAUAUUAGCUCUUCAUCACCAUUAAACGAUAAUUUAAUAGUUGAUUGUAUGAGUCAAUCUUCAGUACAAAGUAAACGAUCAUUCGAAAAAGAGCAUCAUGAACGUACAAGUUCACCAUCGGCAAAAAAUCAAAAAUAUGCAUAA